AUGGCGUCGCAAACAAAAACACGAGCUCCCUCAGUCAAAGAGAAGUGGGGAUUGUGUUGUGUUUGCUUGCCUAAAAGUUUGGGUGGUAUUAGGUUUAAGGAAGGGUCUAAAUGGAAUAAGGUGUUGUUAGCUAAAUUCUUUUGGGUUAUUUCCUCUAAACAAUAUAUCCUCUGGGUGAAAUGGGUGGAUGUCAUUUAUCUCAAAGGGCAGAACUUUUGGGAUUAUAAGAUCAAUUCUGAUGUGAGCUGGUACUGGCGUAAACUGGUUAAUUUGAAAGCUAUUAUCACUAGAGAUGAGCUGGAAAAGGCAGUUAAGAAGAACAAACUUAAUCUGAGAAAUCUCUAUGUUCAGAUGCUAAACAAAGAGAGGGUUCAAUUUGCUAAUGUGGUUUGGUGCAAUCUGGCUCUUCCCAAGCACAGAUUUAUUUUAUGGCAAGCUACUAUGGGACACUUACUUACCAGAGAUAAUCUGGUGCAUUGCCAUCUGAACUUAGAAUCUGUAAUGUGUCCGAUAUGUGAUAUGCAGCAGGAAAAUCAUGGCCAUCUAUUUUUAAAUUGUCAGUUCGCUCAACAGGUUAGAUCUAUAGUUGCUGUUUGGCUGGGAAGUGAUGUUUGGCCAGUUAAGUUUGAAGAGUGGUCCUCUUGGAUGAUUGGGAGGCCUAAGGGGCUGAAGCAAAAGAUGGCAGCAACUGCUUUAGCUGCCUCGAUUUAUUUGAUUUGGUGGAAUAGAAACAAUUGUCUUUUCAAUUUUUGCUUUAUGACUGUUGAUAGAAUUGAUCAUUUGAUCAAGUUUUAUAUGAAAGCUAGAAUUGUUAGACUUCCUAUGGCUAAAAUGAAGGGCAAAGAUUUAGCUUUUUUUUAG